AUGUCUGACCACUCGCAAAGCACCGUCAUUCCCAACGAGCCAAUUUUCAAAUUGUUGCUAGAAGCUGCGCGGGAGAACCGACAUGUCGCAGUUUCCGAUUCUAUUCGGGGAGUGAAUGCCAGCUAUGCUCAGCUCCUGGUCGAUAUUUGCACCAUGCACGAGGAGAUUAGAAAGCGGAUCCCACAGUCCAUGUUUGACGCAAGAGGACUGAUGCCACUCGAAACAACGUGUAUUUUCAUCCUUGGUCCAGCGAGCUAUGUUUUUAUUUUGGCUUCCUUCACAGCUCUCUCUCUAGGCGGUGCAAUUUGUCCACUGGGUACGGGAGCAAACCCACUUUACCUAAAUCAUGCUCUAGAGAUCAAAAAAUACGCCGAUGGGAAAGGGACUGAUCUCUAUGUAGUACCGACCACCUUCAAUAUUGCCUCCUCAGAAAGUCCUUUGAACUUCAAUGUCGAGAUCAAUCAGGACUUGGUGCUCGAACAGACUCGGCCUGGGUUAUUUAUCUCUACUUCUGGCACAACAGGGCCCCCUAAGCUGGUCAUACAUGGACGAGGUGUCUUUGUACCUAGCGCAGGUUACCAGAGUGGUGAUGUCUUUUUGUGUCAUCGCUCUCCAGUAUGGUUUGGUGGGUUAAGGCCGCUCAUCUCCGUUGUUCUCGCUCGGGCAAAGCUGAGAAUCGUGGCAAGAGAUGCGUCCGUUAUUUGGGAAUCCCUUCGCAGUGACCAAAUUACUUUCCUCAGUACAGUCCCGGCCGUUUGGACACAACUUAUGGAAUACUAUCAGAGUCAUAUCAGCAAGUUAGCGCGUGAACAAGCGGAAACCUACCGGCAAGGAGUUCAAAAAUUGCGCAGGGCUAUUGUCAGCUCAAGCUCGCUGCUGCCGUCUGUUCAGACAUUUUGGGUAGACAAGAUGCAAAGGCCACUGAUGGUCGUUUAUGGGGCAACAGAGCUAGGUGGUGCCGCACUUGUGAGGGCUUCAGCUCCGUUCCCAGACGAAGCGCGCCGCAUUGGGAAGCCGUCGCCUGGGGUUUUAGUGAAGUUGUCGGAAGGAGACCAUGGCCAGCUGCUAAUCAAGAGUCCAUUGGCUUUUCUACGAUAUCAUGGGAAUCCAGAAGCAACAAAAAAUGCUUUUGACAAGGACGGUUACUACAAAUCCGACGACUUUGCGCAUCGGGAGGGGGAUGAAUACAUACUCGACGGUAGGAUGAUUGACUAUAUACGAUACUACGGGUAUAAGGUAAUGACCCACGAAGUUGAAGCCCCCAUGACUGUCCUCCCGUAUAUUUCCGAAGCAUGCGUUCUAGCAGUUCCCGUCGCCAAUAAUGCGUUUACCACAGAAAGAGUUGGAGCUCUUGUGCGCCUUCAAUCUUCUCAUCUGAUACCGCGCAAUUCCCCGUGUUGGGAUUGUCGUUCGACACUGGAAAGGUUGAGAACAGACCUCUCUAGAGAUUUGGCAUUCCAUAUGCUUCCCACCGUGGUUCACCUGCUCCAUGAUGGUGAGCAGAUCCCGAGGACAGUGUCUGAGAAGGUCAAUAGACGAGAGGUUGUGGAGAAAUACUUCAAGCCAGGAAGCUUUAACCUACUGCAGGACGUAAAGGUGUGGGAUCUCAAGUGCCAGAAUUCUUAG